UUAUAGUGGGACUGCUGCGGGCAUUCUGACACUGCGGGGAAACUGACUUGGUGUCAUUGACAUCCCCAGUGACACCAAUAGUGAUCAGUGCUAAUAAAAAGCACUGACAUUGUACUAAUGGCGCUGAGCAGGAAGGGGUUAACAUGUGGGGCGAUCAAAGGGUUAUUUGUGUGCUGUUUUACUGUGUGCUGUGUGCUUUCAACUGUAAGCACACUGCUUUGUAUGGCUCUGCUAUGCACAGCCAUACAAAGCAGUGUGCAGGAGCUGACAGGGGAGAGAACUGUAUUUUUUACAUACAGUUCUUUCCCCCCCCCGGAAAUGCAAAAUCAU